AUGAGACGUGAUGACAUUGAAAGUGAAUUAAGAAGACGUCUGCUUGUACUCUUCCCUGCUUCCCAUUCCCAAGUAAAUCCAGAGGAGAGGACCAAAAUUGUGGUCUUCGGUCUGCUGCUAGACGAUAUUAAAUUGGGGAGUGAAGAGGAAUUGGACAUAUGUCUAAGCAUUCUAAGUAACGACGCCCAUCUUCUAGCCGCUGUCAAGUCAGUUCUCGUCUCAGCGUCAUUCAGUGGAGGCAUGGGAGGCCACUUAACAGAGUCAAUGUCUCUCAAGGUGAUGCAAUACUCCAACGCAAUCCAGCUACUGGCAAAAUUGGGUGUACCAAAAGUGCAGUUCCAUGGAGUGCAUUGUACAACCUUCUUUGAGGUUGGCCAUCAUCGCAAAAGUAUGUCAGUAGACCUCUACAUAAGGCAGUUUCUACCCAAAUUUAUAAGGAACAUUAUGAACACUUCGGAGCGUUUUAUGCUGUACACCCUUCUCUAUCCCAUUGCCCUCACCCUAUUUCAGCAAAAAAAUGCCUUCCAGUGCCAAUCCAGAGAUCGCAUGGUGGCCAGUGUCGUAAAGGGCAGUGUGGAGCUAAUUAGACCCCUAAGAAAGGCACCCCCGAACCUGAUACCAGAAACCAAGAAGUAA